AGAAAAAAGAUAAGUCUAAAUCCACCGCCCACCGCAGGAGACCGGGGGAUGUUCCACCACCCUGGAUUAUUAACAACCAUUUCAAGGAUAUUUGAGCACAAGCAAGACUUCAAUUAUUAAAUUUUAUGUAUUUUAUUUACUGUUAUCAUCAUUAUUUUUUGGUUUUCUUCUUCGUUUAAUGGGACUUGUAAACUCUGAUACUGGACACGACCGUGACCCGGACAUCUUGACUCCCAUGAUCCAGCGGCCUGAGUUUUACCUGCGUGGCUGACGACUCAAGGAACAAACGAUGGAUAAGAACCUGUUUGGAGGAGUCCCCAGGUUUCUCACCCGGCCAAAGGCGGUCUUAGUGUGUGCGGGCAAGGAUGCCACGCUGAGCUGCACUAUUGUGGGCAACCCAACCCCACUGGUCACCUGGGAAAAAGAAAAGCUGAAGCUGACCUCCGGAGGCCGCUUCAAAACCGUGGAAGAUGGGGACAUUUACCGCCUGACUAUCUACGACUUAACUCUGGAUGACAGCGGGCAGUACAUGUGCCGAGCCAAGAACAGCGUCGGGGAAGCUUACGCCGCGGUGACCCUUAAAGUGGCCCUGCCAACGGAGAUGGCCCCGAGGGCCCCUGUUUUCACGGUGAAGCCUACCUCAACGCGCGUGGGUCUGGGAGGCGACGUUGUUUUCCUCUGCCGCGUCGCAGCCCACCCCGAGGCCAACUUCGACUGGGAGAAGGACGGGCGAUACCUGGGGGAGACGAACCGCAUCAAGAUCGUUUCGGACAGCGACAGCAGCACCUUGAAGAUCCAGAGCGUUCGGAACCUGGACAGCGGCACCUACACCUGCAGGGCCCAGAACUCUGUCGGCCGAGCUCACGCCGCGGCAGCCCUCGCCGUGGACGCUCAGGAUUCUCGCCAUCUGGCUGCGGACAAGAGCACCUCUCUCCUCUCUCACCUUCAGAAGCGCAAAGAGGAGAUGAAGAAGGACAUCUCCAUCUAUCGCGCUGAAGAAACCAAUUCCUCGCUUUCCACCUCCUCCUCCUCCAACAUCACGGAUGCCCUGGGCUCCCUGGGUCUGGAGAUGAGGGCCUCCGCGCUGGCGAAGCUUCCCAAAGGCGUGUUCACCCGUACCUGCACGGUGACUGAAGGCAAGCACGCCAAGCUCAGCUGCUUCGUGACGGGCCAUCCCAAACCCCACACCAUCUGGAGGAAGGAUGGCACGAACAUCAGCGAAGGUCGCAGGCAUGUCAUUUACGAGGACCAAGCUGAGAACUUCAUCCUCAAGAUCCUGUAUUGCAAGCAGAGUGAUAAUGGUCUCUACACCUGCAAUGCAACCAAUAUGGCUGGGCAGACCUACAGUGCUGUGUUGGUAACAGUCAAAGAGCCUAAGGUGCCGUUCAGGAGGAAGCUGCAGGAUGUGGAGGUACAAGAGAAAACCUCAGCCUUGCUCCUGUGUGAGGUGCCUCUCAGUGUCACCCAGGCCAACUGGUUCAUGGAGGAAACGCGCCUGGAGCAAAGCACAAAGUAUCGCAUGGAGGAGGAAGGCACCCUGCGUCGUCUCACCAUACACAACGUCACUACCAAUGAUGACGGUGUUUACAUCUGCGAGAUGAAAGAGGGCAGCCGCACUGUGGCUGAGCUCACUGUCCUGGGUAACAUCACUAAGAAACUUCCUCGGAGGACAAUAGUUCCCGUCAGUGACACUGUUAUCUUCUGUGUGGAGCUGGAGCAUCCUUGUCCAGAUGCCUACUGGACUCGCAAUGGCGAGAAAUUGAAAGAAGAUUCCCGUAUUUCCAUCGCCUGCGUGCUCAGACAGUACACACUCACUAUUAGAGAUUGCCAGGCCGACGACUCGGGAGAAGUGGCCUUUGUGGCUGGAGACUGCAAAACCUCCACACGGUUCUCUGUUACCGCUGCACGGAAGCAUCCUCCAGACCCCCCCGUUGAUGCUGUGGUGCAGAACAAGACCGACUCAUCCAUCACCAUCCAGUGGUCUCCUCCUGACAGUGAUCGUCCCGUGCCUAUCAAGGGCUACAUCGUGGAGAGGAGGAAGGUUGGCGCUCAGACGUGGCAAAGGUGCAACGCUGGGGAAACCAUUGUGUCAACGGAGGUCACCAUCAGCAGCUUCACUGAAGAAGCUAGCUACCAAUUCCGUAUCUCUGCCAUGAAUGACUUUGGCCAGAGCCCAUACCUGGAGGUACCUGGAAGCUUCUACCUUGAGCCCUCUGCAGAAGUCAGGACCGGUCUGAUGAACAGCACUGCUUACUCUGGGGAGGAGUUCUCUGUCUCGGUGGAGCUGUCUGCUGUUUGCUCAGGCUUCUGGUCUUUAAAUGGCCGCCUCCUGCGCAGCGGGGGUGACUAUCUCAUCACCAGGUCGAAGAACACACACACGCUGCUCAUCCGUGUGGUAACCAUGGAAAUGAAUGGAAGUGAAAUCAAGUUUGUGGGUGGAGGCUCACAGAGCAGUUGCAUCCUGUCUGUGAAAGCCCCUGCUGUUAGGUUCACCAACAAGUCAGAUCAACCACAUGUCGUGACUUGCAGUGCCCAAGCUACUGCUCAGCUGACUGCUGAAGUGUCAGAUGACAUUACACAGGUGGUUUGGAUGAAGAAUGGACGGGAAUUAAAAAUUGGCAAGAAGUAUGAAUAUGUGAUGAAUGACCGCAAGAGGAGCCUGAUGAUACACAAUGUCACAGAGGAAGAUGUGGGGAUUUAUGAGUGUGUCUUAGCUGACGACAAGAUGUCUGUGCAACUCACUCUUAAAGAUGAACCUGCGAAGUUCCUAAACAAAGCCAGAGGUCCCAUGGGAAUGUCAUCGUCCCUUAAAGGAAAUCUCGAGCUGACCUGCGAGGUCUCUCCUGCCACUGCUGUUGUCGUAUGGAAAAAAGAUCAGGUGGAGAUCACUGAGGACCAAAGAACGACCAUUAUCGCUAAAGGGACUCAAAGGAAGCUCAUCAUCAAGAAUGCCAAGAAAAUUGAUGAAGGACAUUACUCAUGUGAGACAGCAGCUGACAAAGUCACAUUCCAAGUCAAGAUAAAAGAAGCACAAACCGUAUCUGCCUUCUCCAACAAGGAGUCAGUCCAGAAGGAGGUUCAAGCUACUCUCUCCCAAAAAGCAACUCUUAGCUGCAGCGUGUCUGAUAGCAAGACGGAGGUGAAAUGGUACAAAGACAGCAAACAGUUGGUAUCCAGCAAGACAGUGUAUUCAGAAGUAAAAGGCAACACUCGACAGCUGGUGAUUGAAAAGGUGGAGAAGGGUGAUGCUGGAGAAUACACCUGUGAAGCUGGAGGGGAUAAGCUGGUCUUCAAGAUAUCUGUGUCAGAGGCCCAGUCCGCCUUCUCUAAACAGGAGUCUGUCCAAAAGGAAGUGAAAGCCACUCUCUCCCAGAAAGCCACCCUGAGCUGUGAGGUAGCUGACGCUAAGACAGAGGUGAAGUGGUACAAAGAUGGCAAGCUGCUGACUUCCAGCAAGACAAUCCAUACUGAAUCAUCAGGCAAGAGUCGCCAGCUGGUGAUUGACAACAUAGAGAAGAAGGAUGCGGGAGAGUACGUCUGUGAGGCUGGGACUGAGAAGCUGGCUUUUAAGAUGCAAGUGACAGAAGCAGCUAAGUCGGCUUUCCUCAACAAAGAGUCCGUCCAGAAGGAGGUGAAAGCCACUGUAUCUCAGAAGACCACUCUGAGCUGUGAGGUUUCAGAUUCCAAGACUGAGGUGAAGUGGUACAAAGAUAGCAAGCUGCUGACGUCCAGCAAGACAGUCCACACUGAAUCAAAAGGCAGGAGUCGCCAGCUGGUGAUUGACAACGUGGAGAAGAAGGAUGCUGGAGAGUACACAUGUGAGGCUGGAACUGAGAAGCUCGUCUUCAAACUUCAGGUGCCAGACACACAGGUCCAGUCCGCCUUCUCCAACAAGGAGUCUGUCCAGAAGGAGGUGAAAGCCAUUCUCUCCCAGAAAGCCACCCUGAGCUGUGAGGUAGCUGACACCAAGACAGAGGUGAAGUGGUACAAGGAUGGCAAGCUGCUGACUUCCAGCAAGACAAUUCGUGCAGAGUCGAAAGGCAAGAGUCGCCAGCUGGUGAUAGAAAGCGUGGAGAAGAAGGAUGCUGGAGAGUACAUCUGUGAGUCUGGGACUGAGAAGCUGGUCUUUAAGAUACGUGUGGAAGAGAUCCAACUCAAGUCCGCCUUCUCCAACAAGGAGUCUGUCCAAAAGGAGGUGAAAGCCACUCUCUCCCAGAAAGCCACCCUGAGCUGUGAGGUAGCUGACACGAAGACAGAGGUGAAGUGGUACAAGGAUGGCAAGCUGCUGACUUCCAGCAAGACAAUUCGUGCAGAGUCGAAAGGCAAGAGUCGCCAGCUGGUGAUAGAAAGCGUGGAGAAGAAGGAUGCUGGAGAGUACAUCUGUGAGUCUGGGACUGAGAAGCUGGCCUUUAAGAUACAGGUGGCAGAAGCCCCAGCUGGCUUCUCCAACAAGGAGUCUGUCCAGAAGGAGGUGAAAGCCUCUCUCUCCCAGAAAGCCACUCUGAGUUGCGAGGUUUCAGAUUUAAAGACAGAGAUAAAGUGGUACAAGGACGGCAAAUUGCUGACUUCCAGCAAAGCAGUUCACAUGGAGUCAAAGGGCAAGACUCGUGAGCUGGUCAUAGAAAAAAUGGAGCAAAAGGAUGCUGGGGAGUAUACUUGUGAGGCUGGAACCGAGAAGCUGGUGUUUAAGCUGCAGCUAAAAGAUGCGGCUGCCAAGUUCCAGAAGAAAUCUGUCAAGGACACAUGCGUUGUUCAAACAAGUGAAAGCAUUAUUUUAACCACUGAGCUGACCACAGAGAGCGGUAGCGUGAAGUGGUUUCGAGAUGGUGUGGAGCUCAAGGAGAGCAGCAAGUAUGAAAUGAAAAAGGAUGGCUUUUCUCGUACCCUGAUAGUAAAAUCCACAGAAACCAAAGACAGUGGAUCAUACUCCUGUCAAACUGCUGAUGACAAACUGGAGUUCAAAGUUCAGGUUAAAGAUUCAGCCUUGAAGUUUGUUGUCCCUUUGAAACCGGCGACAGUGGAGUUGGGAGGUACACUUAGUCUGGUUUGUGAACUAAAUCAAGCCUCAGGGGAUGUUUCCUGGCACCGUGACGGCCGUGAGAUUAAACCUGGAGGCAGGUACAGCAUCAGAACAGAUGGCGCGAAGCGGGUUCUCACCGUGACUGAAAUGACUAAGGAAGAUGAAGGAGAAUACAGCUGUGAAUGUAGAAAUGAUAAGACAUCUGCUAAAGUCUCCUCUAAAGCACCGAGACAAGUGAGGCUGACUACCAAACUGAACAAUGUGGCCGCAACGGAGGGGAAAGAUGCCAUUUUCAAAUGCACCGUCACUCCUGCGGACGUCAGUGUUAAAUGGUUCCACAACAGCAUACCCGUCACCGCUGGACCCAAGUACAAGAUCGAGCACGGAGGCAACAGCCGCUCACUUACCAUCACUGCGGUCACUCAGAAAGACACAGGAGAGAUUAGCAUUGACGCAGAAGGCAAAAGCUGCAAAGCCACCCUUCAAGUGCAACACGAACCUGUGAUGUUUAAGAAGAAGCUAGAAAACUUAACAGCGGUGGAGCAAAGUGAAGUGAAACUGGAAGUGGAGCUCAGUAAGGCGUCAGGGGAGGUCAGGUGGAUGAAGAAUAGCGUAGUGCUGCAGCCAGCAGGAAACAUGGAGAUUCGUGUAGAUGGAGCUAAACAGGCUCUGGUCUUCAAGAGUGUGACUUCCGCUGACCGUGGCAUCUACUCUUGUGAAACUCUGGAUGACAAGACCCAGGCCAAGCUCACCGUGGAGAUGAAGAAGAUUCAGGUUACAAAGGGUCUUUCAGAAACCAAGGCUCAUGAAGCCGAGACAGUAACUCUUGAGGUAGAGCUCAGUCAGGCCGACGUUGAAGGCUCCUGGAGUAGAGAUGGGGCCAAGUUAAAGUCAGGACCGAACUGCCGCAUCACAACUCUGGGAAAGAAGCACGCCUUGACUUUGUCCAGUCUCAAGAGGGAGGAUGCUGGAACGAUUUCCUUCCAGGCGGAGGGAGUCCACACUUCUUGCAAACUGAUUGUGACAGAACCUCCUGCCAUGAUCUCCAACCCCAUUGUGGAUGUCACUGUUCCUGAAAAGGAGAAAGUUACUUUUGAAUGUGAAGUGUCCAGAACAAAUGCCGACGUAAAGUGGUUUAAGGAUGAUGUUGAGCUGAAACCGGGAAAAAACUUCGGGAUUCAUUCUUUGGGCCGAAAGCGGAGUUUGGUCAUCAACAAAUGCACACCUGGUGAUGCAGGCACUUACGUCUGUCGGACCACUGAUGACAACACCUCUGCCAAGCUCACUGUUCAUGCCAGAGAUAUCAAGAUUGUGAAGAAGCUUGAGGAUGUGGAGGUGAUGGAGAAGGAAAGUGCUGCAUUUGUUUGUGAAAUCUCACACGAUGAUGUGGAGUGCCAGUGGUACAAAGGAAGUACUAAACUCAAAGUCAGUGAUAACAUCAAGAUGAGACAAGAAGGCAGAACGUAUGUCCUGCUGUUUAAGUCUGUUACCCCUGAAGAUAUAGGUGAGAUUAAAUUUACAGCUGAGAAGGCUUCUUCAACUGCGAAACUGAAAGUGAAAGAGCUGCCUGUCAAGUUUGUGAAGAAGCUCAGGGAUAAGAUAGCGAUGUAUAAGCAUCGUGGUCAUCUUGAGUGCCAAGUUUCACGUGCCAGCGCAAAGGUGAAGUGGUACAAGAACAAGACGGAGAUCAAACCCAGCGACAAGUACGAGAUCAAGAGUGAAGACGUGUACCGGAAGCUCACCAUCAACGAUGUGGACGCCGGGGAUGAAGACACGUAUACCUGCGACGCCACUGAUGACAAGACAUCCUGUAAACUGCUUGUGGAAGAGCAGUCCAUUAGCAUUGUGCGGGAACUUAGUCCAGUAGAAGUGACAGAACCCUUUGCAGCUGUUUUUGAAGUUGAAAUCAGUAUGGAGCUGGUGAAGCCUCCUAUAUGGACCUUGAGUGGAUUUGCUGUUCAGGAGGGCGCCGAUGUUGAGAUGGAGAAAGAAGGCACGAUGCACCGUCUUACCUUCAAGAAGACCAAAGCGUCGAUGACGGGGCCUGUGCAGUUUACGGCUGGAAAGAGCAAAUCUUUAGCCCAGCUCACAGUCAAAGAGCGCCCGCUUGAGGUUGCAGAGCCCAUCAAAGAUGUAAAGGCGAAGGAGAAAAGCUCAGCCAUACUCAGCUGCAAAUUCUCUGCCCCACCCAAAGACGUCAAAUGGUUCAAAGAUCAGGUAUCUCUGACGGCAUCAGACAAGUACAACAUAAAGCAAGAUGCAACAAGGGCCCAAAUUACCAUUCAAAGGUUGACUGAGGAGGACAGUGGAGAGUAUCGCUGUCAGUCCGGACCUGCUGAGACCAAAGGCAAACUUACUGUUGAAGUUCGUGACAUUAAGAUCACCAAACACUUGGCUGACACAGAGGUUGAUGAGGACAGCGAUGCGGUGCUUGUUUGUGAGAUCAACUAUCCAGAUGAAGAGGUGCAGUGGCUCUUGAAUGACAAGGUGCUGUUCACUAAUGAAGUCAACACCAUCACUCAUGAGGGGAAAGUUCACAAGCUCACACUGAAGAACUUGGCACCUCAGGAUGGGGGCACCAUCACCUUUCAAGUCCGCAAGGUGAAGGAGUCAGUCACACUAAAGGUUAAAGAGAAGCGUGCUGUGUUCCUCAAGUCUCUUGAUGAUGUCAUUGGAGAAGAGAAAGGCAUGAUAACUCUGGCUUGUGAGGCAUCCAAGCCAAGGGUUUCCCCCACAUGGAGAAAAGAAGGUAAAGUCUUAAAAGCAGGACCAAAAUAUGAGCUCCUUCACACAGGCAAGUCUUUGGGGCUUAUCAUCAAGGAUGCUACCAAAGAAGACGCCGGAGAGUACAGUUGUGAUCUCGGCACAGAGGUUUCUAAGGCAAAGGUCACUGUCAGAGAAAUUGGUAUCGGAAUCACUAAAUGGCUGAAAUCAGCUGAGGUGAACGAGGGAGAGACGUGCAGCUUUGAGUGCAUCCUGUCCCGUGAGAGCACAGAUGAAUGCUCCUGGGCCAUUAAUGGCAAAACUAUUACAAAUGGAGGCCGCUUCAAGAUCUCUAGUAAAGGACGCAAGUACAUGCUGACUAUUAACAGUGUCACCCCCGCUGAUGCCGGUGAAGUAGUCUUCAACAUUAAGGACCUGAGCUCUAAAACUACUUUAACAGUUGAAGGCAAGGCUUCAUCUCUUUUAAAGGAACUACAGAAUAUUAGUGUCGUUCGAGGUGAAGAUGCCGUGUUUACCUGUGAAGUGACGCAGGCUAGUUCCACUGUAACGUGGACCAAGGAAGGCAAAGUCAUCAAAAAGAGCCAGAAGUAUGAGAUCAGCCAACAGGAUAAGAUUAUGAAGCUGACCAUCCAUAGUGUGUGUGCUCAAGACUCCGGAGAGUACAGUUGUGAAGUUGUUGGAGGUGCAACCACCAAAGCUAACCUGGAAAUCAAGGAGCCAAUCCAUAAUUUCACCAAAGCGCUAAAAGACAGCCAAGCAGAUGAGAACAGCUCUCUGACCUUACAAUGUGAGACGGCACAAACUCCAUCCACGGUGGUGUGGCUCAAAGGCCACACGGAGCUCAGAGCCGGAGGUCGAUACGAGAUGUCCCAGAAGGAGUGUGUCUUAACUCUCACCAUCAAACAUCUGGAAGAGAAAGAUACCGACAUCUACACUUGCGACGUGGGCACUGCCAAGAGCAUGGCUAAGGUGACUGUUAAAGCAUUGCCACCAACCUUCACACAGAAGUUGAAGAACCAGGAAGCGGAGGAAGGAGCAACCAUUACUUUGCUCUGUGAGCUCUCUAAACCUGGAGUCCCAGUGGAGUGGAAGAAAGGAACACAGGCCCUGAAGUCUGGGGAGAAGUAUCAGAUGAAGCAGAACGCCUCUGUCAAUGAACUCCUGAUCAACAAGGUGGUGCCAGAAGACAGUGGAGACUACACCUGUGUGUGUGGAGACCAGAAGACUACAGCCAGCAUCAAUAUAAAGGCCCAACCAGUGACCUUCACACAGAAGUUGAAGAACCAGGAAGCUGAGGAAGGAGGAACCAUUACUUUGCUCUGUGAGCUCUCUAAACCUGGAGUCACAGUGGAGUGGAAGAAGGGAACACAGGUCCUGAAGUCUGGAGAGAAGUAUCAGAUGAAGCAGAAGGCCUCUGUCAAUGAACUCCUGAUCAACAAGGUGGUGCCAGAAGACAGUGGAGACUACACCUGUUUGUUUGGAGACCAGAAGACUACAGCCAGCAUCAAUAUAAAGGCCCAACCAGUGACCUUCACACAGAAGUUGAAGAACCAGGAAGCUGAGGAAGGAGCAACCAUUACUUUGCUCUGUGAGCUCUCUAAACCUGGAGUCACUGUUGAGUGGAAGAAGGGAACACAGGCCCUGAAGUCUGGAGAGAAGUAUCAGAUGAAGCAGAAGGCCUCUGUCAAUGAACUCCUGAUCAACAAAGUUGUGCCAGAAGACAGUGGAGACUACACGUGUGUGUGUGGAGACCAGAAGACUACAGCCAGCAUCAACGUGAAGGCCCAACCAGUGACCUUCACACAGAAGUUGAAGAACCAGGAAGCUGAGGAAGGAGGAACCAUUACUUUGCUCUGUGAGCUCUCUAAACCUGGAGUCACAGUGGAGUGGAAGAAGGGAACACAGGUCCUGAAGUCUGGAGAGAAGUAUCAGAUGAAGCAGAAGGCCUCUGUCAAUGAGCUCCUGAUCAACAAGGUGGUGCCAGAAGACAGUGGAGACUACACCUGUUUGUUUGGAGACCAGAAGACUACAGCCAGCAUCAAUAUAAAGGCCCAACCAGUGACCUUCACACAGAAGUUGAAGAACCAGGAAGCUGAGGAAGGAGCAACCAUUACUUUGCUCUGUGAGCUCUCUAAACCUGGAGUCACAGUGGAGUGGAAGAAGGGAACACAGGCUCUGAAGUCUGGAGAGAAGUAUCAGAUGAAGCAGAACGCCUCUGUCAAUGAACUCCUGAUCAACAAGGUGGUGCCAGAAGACAGUGGAGACUACACCUGUGUGUUUGGAGACCAGAAGACUACAGCCAGCAUCAACGUGAAGGCCCAACCAGUGACCUUCACACAAAAGUUGGAGAAGCAGGAAGCUGAGGAAGGAGCAACCAUUACUUUGCUCUGUGAGCUCUCUAAACCUGGAGUCACAGUGGAGUGGAAGAAGGGAACACAGGUCCUUAAGUCUGGAGAGAAGUAUCAGAUGAAGCAGAAGGCCUCUGUCAAUGAACUCCUGAUCAACAAGGUGGUGCCAGAAGACAGUGGAGACUACACCUGUGUGUGUGGAGACCAGAAGACUACAGCCAGCAUCAAUAUAAAGGCCCAACCAGUGACCUUCAAACAGAAGUUGGAGAACCAGGAGGCUGAGGAGGGAGCUGAAGUUGUUCUGCGCUGUGAGCUCUCUAAACCUGGAGUCCCAGUGGAGUGGAAGAAGGGAACACAGGCCCUGAAGUCUGGGGAGAAGUAUCAGAUGAAGCAGAAGGCCUCUGUCAAUGAACUCCUGAUCAACAAGGUGGUGCCAAAAGACAGUGGAGACUACAGCUGUGUGUGUGGAGACCAGAAGACUACAGCCAGCAUCAAUAUAAAGGCUGCUAAACAAGAAACCCAAAGGCAGGGGACCAAAGAACCAGCUGAAGUUACAGCAGAGGUGUCGGCGGCUUCCGCAGUGACCAACAAAGGUGAAGCAGAGAAGCAGGAAUCCAGAAAGACAGAUGAAGCUCUCCCAGUUGUUUUCACAAGAGCGUUGGAAAGCCAAACAGUCGAUGAGGGCGACAAUGUCACAUUACAAUGUGAGCUUUCCAAACCUGGUGUUCCUCUGGAGUGGAGGAAAGGAGAACUUGGUCUUUGCCCAUGUGCCAAGUAUCAAAUUAGUCAAACAGGAUGCCUGGCUUCACUAGUAAUCAAUGACGUUGACCCAGAGGAUUCUGGGAGUUACACAUGUGCCACUGGUGACCAGGAAAGCACUGCACAACUAGCUGUGAAGGCCCAGCCUGUCCUUUUCAAAACCCAGCUGCAGAACCUUGAAAGACAGGCCGGGGACUCUGCUAGUCUUCGUUGUGAAACCACAAAGCCGGGAGCCAUUGUGGUCUGGAGGUGUGGGGAUAGAGUGCUAACAUCCAGCAGCAAGUAUCACCUGAAGCAGGAAGGGACUGUAGUUGAGCUUGUCAUCUACAAGCUGCAGGGAACUGAUGCAGGAGAAUACUCCUGCGAUACCGGCAGCCAGAGGACGUCUGCUGUCCUCACUGUGCAUGAGGUUGAGGUAAAUAUACUGAAAUUCUUGGAGAGCUGCGUUGUGUACGAGGGUGAAGACGUCCACUUUGAAUGUCUGGUUUCUCAUGAGGAGACACCUCUGACUCAGUGGAAACUCCAGGAUGUUCCACUGCAGAAUAAUGAAAUGAACCUGAUCAGGACCGAGGGCCGGGUGCACAGCCUCACCCUCAGAGGUGUCACUGCAGCCGACUCAGGAACAGUCACUUUCACUGUGGGAAACCACACUUCCACUGCUUCUCUGACGGUCAGAGCCGCACCUGUAUUGUUCAAGAAGGAGCUGGAAAGUCAAGAGGCCACUGAAGGAGGUGAAGCAUCAUUGUCCUGUGAGACAUCCAGCCCUGAUUGCAAGGUGACCUGGCGCAGGGGCUCAACAGUACUCACCCAUGGACAGAAGUACUCCAUGGAGCAGAAAGCUACCACGCACAUCCUCGUUAUACACAAACUGGUCAUGGAGGACUGUGGAGAGUAUACCUGUGAUACAGGUGACAAGAAAACCACUGCUACCCUGACCGUAAAAGAGCAUGUGCGCAUCAUCCGAGAACUCUGCGAUAUUACUGUGACCACUGGGCAGGAUGCCGUCUUUGAGGUUGAGCUGUCACACUCAGGCGUCACCAAUGGACAAUGGUGGCUUGGGGACAACCUCCUUCAAAAUAAUGAUCUGAAUCAAAUGAGUAGCCAGGGCAGAGUACACCGUUUGGUCCUGAAGAUGGUAACCACAGAUGAAUCAGGGGAUGUUGCCUUCGUAGUGGGAGAGGAGAAGAGUGUGGCCUGCCUCAUGGUGGAGGAGAAACCCAAAGUGCUAAUAUUAGAGAAGCCGCACAGCACUGCGGCAUUAGAGGGUGAGACUGUCACUCUUGCGUGCACCAUCUCUGACCCCAACGCCAAAGUCACCUGGACCAGAAACAACGUGGUCAUCAAUGCAGGUCUCAAGUACGACCUGAAGAAGAACGCAGCCUUCCACCAGCUUCGUAUCCACAACCUGGUGCCUGAGGACUCAGGAUCGUACACCUGUGACACUGGAGAUGAACAGUGCGAUGUCACAUUAACAGUGGAAGGUGCCCCAGUGUUCUUCCAGAAAGAGCUUAAAAGCCAGGAUGCCAUAGAGGGUGAUGAUAUUACCAUGCAGUGUGAGUUGUCUAAGCCAGGUGUUCGUGUUGAGUGGAGGAAGGGAGGCAUCGUCCUCCAGUCCAGUAAGAAGUAUGAUAUCACUCAGAAAGGGUGCGUUCAUGAGCUCAGUAUACGGAAUCUGGAGCCUGAAGACAGCGGCUACUACACCUGUGAUGCAGGAGAACAGCUCACUACAGCUUCUUUGGCAGUGCAAGUGAAAGAAGUCUUCAUUGUUUCUGGUCUUAAGACCACAGACGUCUUUGUUGGGGAAUGGGCAACUUUCUCCUGCCAGCUGUCUGGUAGGGCACCUGGCAAGGUGCAGUGGUGGAUGGAUGGCACCUUGCUGGAGGACAGCCCUUUAAGUGAAAUAGGGCUCAGCGAAGGUCACAUCCACACACUCACGUUAAAAAACCUGGCCACAGACGACUCUGGCACUGUCACCUUCAAAGCUGGCAGUUUAACGUCAACAGCCAAGCUUUUAGUCAAAGAUCCCACAGUUGAAGUGGUGAGUGAGAUGGAGGACCUUCGGGUGCUUGAAAACCAACCGGCCGAGUUCAUCUGCCAGUAUUCAAGGCCAGUCAAGGCUCAGUGGAAGAAAGACGGGCAGCCUUUGCAGCCUGAUGGCCGAAGGGUGGUAGUGGAGCAGGACUGGAAUGUGGCUCGCUUGUACAUUAGCCGUGUGUCCGCUGAGGACAGGGGCACAUACUCCUGUGAGGCAGAUGGCACCUGUGUGGUCGCUUCACUUCAUGUGGAAGAUAAACCCAUUACCAUCGUCCAGGGCCUGGAGAAUAUGGAAACCUUCGAUGGAGGUGAAGCGCUGUUUGAAUGUGCCCUCUCUCGCCCAGAGAACAAAGACUGCUGUUGGCUUCUUGAUGGGAAACCAGUGAAAGAAUCACCUAAUGCUGAGAUAGUGUCAUUUGAGAGUGGUCGUCGCCACCUGCUCCUGCUGAAAGACUUGCAUACUAAGGACAGUUGCACAGUGACCUUUAAAGCUGGCACAGCUUCCACGUCUGCCCAGCUCUCUGUGAAAGGCUGGCAACUGGACAUCGUGAAGGGUUUGGAGGACAAAGUGGCUGCAGUGGGAGAAAAGGUUGAGUUUUGCGUUGAGCUGACUGAGCCUGUCCCUGUAGCAGAAGUGACCUGGUAUACUAAUGGAGUUGAGCUGAAGCCCAGUGACCUCUGGGGUAUGAGGGCUGAUGGCUGCUCUUAUCGCCUUGUCCUGAGGCAGGCACCUCUUUUGCCCCAGCAGGAAAUUACAUUUGCGGCAAGAGAUGCUCUCUCUUUGGCCAAGCUCACCAUCAUCACUGUACCAGAUCCUCCAGAGGACCCAGAGGUCCUCAGUAAGACUCAACAAUCCGUCACUCUCUCUUGGUUCACUCCUCUUCAUGAUGGAGGCAGUCCCAUUCUGGGCUACAGGGUGGAGAUGAGGCUGGUGGACAGUGCCCUCUGGCUUCCAUGUCACUCUGAGCCUGUGUGUAACACAGAAUUUGUGGCUGAAAAUCUCACCCCAGGCGGUGGCUACAGAUUUAGAGUAGCAGCCAUCAACAGAGCUGGGACUGGGGAGCCUGUUGAGCUUCCUCUGACUGUGCAGCUUGAGGUGCCUGCACAGCCAUUCAUUUGCCCAGAUACAAAACAGGAAGCGGUUGAGACAUUUGGACAGCCCAGUCUGCCUCCUGAAGCUGCAGAAGAAGGUGACCUCCAUGAGCUGUGGGAAGCAUCAGCAAAGAAACGGCGCAUGAGUCGAGAGCCCACUCUCGACUCCAUCACUGAACAGCCUGAGGAGGACGGUAAAGGUCUUAAGAAAAAAUCCGAACAGAAGGAGCUUACGUCAGAGAAAGUGGAAAUAAAAACAGUUGAAAAGCAGCAGACCAGUGUGUCUAAGAAGCAGACAGAAUCCAACUUGGUAACCAGCUCUGAGGAUGAAACUGUUUCUGGGGGUCCAACACUUGUGUCCUACCUCAAAAAGAGCAGCAAGACUGCUGUCACUGCGACCAAUGAGUCAGAGACUCUGACUGCUGAGAGGUUCUUUGCACAUUUCCAGAAGGUUGAGGAGACAACAGUGCAGAAGACCGAGGUGAAAACAACCACAAUUCAGCAAACACAUGAAAAACUGGUGUCUUCAGAAGAGACUGGUACCAUGGAGAUCAGUAAAGAGGAUGAGCCGGAGCUCAGAGAUGCUGCCAUUAAAAUUCAAGCUGCCUUCAAGGGGUACAAGGCUCGCAAGGACAUGCGUCCGGUCUUUAAAGACGUCUUCAAAGACCAGACGAAAGAACCUAAUGGCACCAUACAUCUUGAAUGUGUCACUGAGGGUAAACCUGACAAAGUGCGCUGGAUGAAAGAUGGCGAACUACUGACAGAUGGCAAGCAUCAUCAUAUUGACAUCUACAAUGAUGGUACCUGCUCUCUAGUCAUUACUGCCAUCACCACCAAGGACACAGGGGUUUACACUUGUGAGGUGACCAACAAGUUUGGAGUAUCCUCCCAUAGUGGAAAAGUGACCGUAGGAACAGUGAGAGAAUCAUCAGGGCGGCGUCCACUGACUGUGGGCUACAGUGCAGACAGUGAGCCCGAGAGCUCCUCUGGUAGCGAGAUGGAUGACUCACUGAGGCAGGCAAGCAGACGCCUCAGGCGUCUGUGGCGCACUCGUCUGCCACCAGAUGUUGAGGAGGAAACAUUUUUGAGUGCAGAUGAAGGAGACUUCCGUCCCCCAGAUCCCCACACGUACCGCGAGGAUGAAAAUUACAUCUACAUUCGAUUUGAUUCACGGAUGGAGGCUGAGGUUGCCUCUAAGAGGUUCCAGGAGAUGUUUACAGUCCAUGGGAUCCCUGUGGAAACCACCAUUUUAUCAGCAGGGCCUUUCAAAGUGGAGCUGCGUAUCAGAAAGACAGGCUACGCAGAAGAUGGCACACAGACCCCUACACAAGAUAAACCAGGUUCCUCUUUCAUGACUGGAGCAGCAGCUACAAAGUCAGCAAUGUUCUAGAUUUAUUAUCCAGUCCAGUUUUGAUGGUUGUGGAUUGGCAAAUCGCCACCCCCUCCCACGGUUCGCUGGUAUAAGGAUGGCAAACUUCUGGAGGAGAAUGACCAUUACAUGAUCAAUGAAGACCAGGAAGGCUGCCACCAACUCAUCAUAACCUCUGUAUUGCCCACUGACAUGGGUGUCUAUCGCUGCACGGCGGAAAACAGCGGUGGCAUUGCAGCCACUAAAGCUGAACUUAGAGUUGACAUGUCUUGCAGCUCAGAUUAUGACACAGCUGCUGAUGCCACUGAGACAUCUUCCUAUGUCAGUGCCAAGGGUUAUAUGUCCAGGGAAACCGAGACCUUUGAGUCUGUCGCAGAAGAUGAUCAGCUACCACAGGUUGUGGAGGAGCUUCAUGAUCUUCAUGUCAGUCCAGGUUCACCUAUGGCCAAGAUGCAGCUGAAAGUGAAGGGUUUCCCCAAACCCAGAGUGUACUGGUUCAAAGAUAGCCACCCUCUCCGACCUUCAGAAAGGAUUCUGUUGUCAGCAGAGAGUGACGUUCAUGCCGUGGAGAUCCUGGAGGUGAAAAAGGACGACAUGGGAGAAUACUCUGCUUACAUCAGCAAUGCAGCCGGAUCUGCCUACUCCUCCGCCCGGCUGAUAGUGCUGAGACCAGGGGAGAGGAUGCCACAAGAUAAAAGAGACUCCAAGGAGCCCCUGGUACCACCGCGCUUCCUUGAGAGGUUUAGCAACAGGAAGGUGAAACAAGGAGCAAGCAUCACUCUGUCUGUCAAAGUAGAAGGGUCUCCUACACCUAUGGUCUCCUGGCUGAAGGAGGAAUCGCUGCAGGAUGUCCUGUGGAUCAAGCCUGAUACGAAGGGAUACAAAAUAGCAAGUUCUGGGCGCCAGCACAGCCUCAUUUUGAUGGAUGUAGGCAGGGAGUACACAGGAGCCUACACCUGCAUUGCCACAAACAGAGCAGGCCAGUCCAUCUGCACCGCCCACCUCGAGGUGGAUGACAUACUACAGACAAAGAAAGAGACCAAAGCCUCAGAGGUUCUUGGGAUUUCAGUCAGUCCUCCAGAAGAUGAAGCUAGUAGAGGGAAUGAGGGUAAAAUACCUUACCUAGGUGAAGUAGGUACAGAGGAAUUCCUCAUGAAACUCACCUCUCAGAUCACUGAAAUGGUAUCAGCCAAAAUCACCCAAGACAAUUUACAGAAUCACGAAGUGCUCCAGUGGAUGAAAUCUUGGCCCAAAACUACCACGUCAUUACGCGUACCAGGUGUUGACAGCGACGAUGAGACCAAGACGCCGUCUCCUUCGCCUCAUCACGGCCGCUCACGUCCGCCCUCCCUCAUUGCUGACUCCUCCUCUGAGUCUGAUGAAGGGGAUGCUCGGGGAGAGAUGUUUGACAUCUAUGUGGCCACAGCUGACUACAACCCCAUCGUGCCUAGCAAGGAUUCCAUCUCUCUAAAGGAAGGACAGUAUGUUGAGGUUUUGGACUCGGCUCACCCGCUCAAGUGGUUAGUCCGGACCAAACCCACCAAAACGACACCAUCUCGACAAGGCUGGGUUUCACCUGCCUACCUAGACAAAAAACUCAAACUCUCUGCUGAUACGGCUGAGCUUCCAGAAACGAGCGUGGAGACGGUGUCUGAAGGAGAAUACAAGAAAAAAUUAUGCCAGUUGAUCCAGGAGUUGACAAAUGGAGAAUCAGAGUUUGUCAAGGAGACAGAUUUCUUUACUUCACAUCACCUGAAGCACGCAGACAGCCCUGAUGCACCGCCUGACGUCACAAGCCAGAAGGACGCCAUCUUUAGAAACAUUGAUGACAUCAAGUCUUUCCAUAGCAAGGCAUUCCUCCCGAAGCUGAGUGACUGUGACACGGAUGAUGAUGUUGCCAUGUGUUUCCUGAAGAACAAGGAGGGCUUUGAAAAGUACCUGCAGUAUCUUGUAGGUCAGAGUCUGGCUGAAUCUGCUGUGAGUGACAAGACUGUCCACCACUUCUUCAAGGAGUACACUGAGAAGGAGCAGGCCAGCGCAGACCCUGCAGGUCCUCCUGUACGAAGCAUCAACGCCUACCUGCAGCAACCACUGGAGAGGAUUCAGAAGUACAAGGCCAUCCUCAAGGAGCUCAUUCGAAACAAGGCGAGAAACGGCCAGAACUGCUGCCUGCUGGAGGAAGCUUACGCGAUGGUGUCUGGGCUCCCUCAGCGCUCUGAGAAUACCCACCACGUCUCCAUGAUUGAGAACUAUCCCGCCACACUGGAAGUCCUCGGAGAGCCAAUUAGACAGGGACCUUUCCAAGUGUGGGAGGGUGCUCCAGGAAUCAGGACGUCCUCUAGAGGUCACCACCGUCAUGUCUUCCUCUUUAGGAACUACUGUAUAAUCUGCAAACCCAAGAGAGACAGCAACACUGAUACACAAGCAUACGUUUUCAAGAACAUGAUGAAGCUGAAUAACAUUGACGUGAAUGAGACGGUGGAGGGUGAUGACCGUGCCUUUGAGAUCUGGCAUGAACGCGAGGACUCUGUGAGGAAAUACACUUUACAGGCCCGAACUGUUACCAUCAAGAACUCGUGGCUGAGAGACCUCCGAGAGCUGCAGCAGCGAUACUGCAUGCCUGCCUGGAGUGCCCCAGAUUUUGAUGAAAUUCUGGCAAACUGCACUGCAGAGCUGGGCCAGACGGUUAAGCUGGCCUGCAAGGUCACUGGUGUACCCAAACCCGUGGUCACAUGGUACAAGGAUGGGCGCACAGUGGAGGCAGAUCCUCAUCACAUCAUUAUCGAGGACCCCGACGGUUCGUGCACGCUGAUCCUGGACAACAUGACUGCAGAUGAUUCUGGCCAGUACAUGUGCUUUGCCACAAGCCCAGCUGGCAAUGCCAGCACUCUUGGAAAGAUUACCGUUCAAGUCCCUCCGCGUUUUGUGAAUAAAAUGAAGAACGCUAUCUUUGUUGCUGGUGAGGAUGCUCAGUUCACUUGUGUAAUACAAAGUGCCCCCAACCCCAAGAUAAGGUGGUUUAAGGACAGCAGGCUGCUGACCGACCAGGAGAAGUAUCAGACCUACAGUGAGCUCCGGAGCGGAGUUCUGGUCCUGAUAAUAAAGAACCUCACAGAGAGAGACCUCGGACACUACGAGUGUGAGCUGUCCAACCGCCUGGGCAAUGCCAAGUGUGCUGCUGAUUUAGUCCGACCCUCUGCCUUGGCUCGCACCGGUGAGCAGGCUAUCACCAUAGAAGUUACCGAGCAGGAGACUAAAAUACCAAAGAAAACCAUUAUAAUUGAAGAGACCAUAACCACUGUGGUGAAGAACCCACGCAUGAGGAGGCACAGAUCCCCCGGCUUCACUCUUGCUGGUCCCCACCGCUCUGAGACUUCCACGCCUGAGCCUCCCACAGCCAGGCCGAGGAGGAUGCCCGCCCAAAGGAAGACCACCAUCCCAACCCUGUAUGUCACUCAGCCUGAGGGAGCCGAGGCCAGGGUGACGGAGAGCAAGCCAAUGUGGGUGGAAGUAGAGGAGGUCAUUGAGUAUAAGGUCAACAAGUCUCCCAGGAUGCCCAGGAGGAGAGGAAUCUCACCGGCGGGGUCUGAUCGCGCAGCCACUCCCUUGAGACCCAAAAGGUCUCAGCUGGAAAACCCAAACGCUAACAAUUCCAACAACAAGCUGGUGGAUCAAGCUCAAGCCCAACUGCAGGGGGACAUCAGCAGCCAGCCGCUGUCCUGGGAGGAAGAGGCUGGUGACGUCGCUGCCUCUGCAUCUGGAGAACCUCACGAGCUCUCCUCUGUCCUUACCCCAGCCGGAGAAGACAGCGACGACCUGGACGAUCAGCAAACUGUCAUCUUUGAACCCAGCGACGACGAGGGCGAAUGCGAUCUCAUCAGAAAACAAGACCCUAUCGUCCUGAAAAAGGGAGAUCACGUUUUGACGCUGGAGGACUUGGAGGACUACGUCCCAGGAGAAGGGGAGACUUACGGCUCCUCGUCCGCCCAGAAUGUCCCUGAGGAAAAGCCCUGCGAGAUCUCUGUGCUCCAGAGGGAGAUCGGAGGCUCCACGGUGGGACAACCGGUGCUCCUCAACGUGGGGCGGCCGGACGUGGUGCCGAGGCCGAGGGGCGGCUUCUUCAGCCGCUUCAGGGAGAACCUCCCCAGCGGCCUCUUCUCGUCUUCCGUCCCGCAAGCCAGCGCGGCCCGGUCCAGGACGGAGAGGAACGUCCCCAUCCAAGUGAGCCAUGCGAAGCUGGAGGUGAAGCCGUCGUACUGUUCGGAGGUGCAGAGAGUCGAAGGUGGGCAGCGGAACUUUAAAACCAAAGUGUCGACGCAGACCUACGGUUACACAUCGGUUGGCAAUCCUGUCACUCUUCAGAUAAGAGAUAAUCUCUAUCAGAACCAAUAAGAGCUCAUUCAAUUAGGUAUCACACAACCCUCUUAGUCUUAAAUGGAGACAUUUCUUCUGACAUGAGUAAAAUAAUAAAGAAAUUCUGAUCUAAGGUACAUUAUCUACAUUUGACAAACCAUUCCAUGUUAAAGCUGCCAGUCAGAAAUAGACUCAUCCCGAGUCGUUUCUGGACAAAUGGUUGGAGUCAGAUGGUCACUUGAGACUUUACACGAGUCGGAUGCUGUAGAGAUAAUUAUGUCACUGUAAGCAGUUUUCAGUCCAGUACUGCUAAAUUAUAAACUGCUGCAUGACAUAUACAGCAUGUAUUGCAUAGUAUAUGUUUUACUGAAAAACAGUUUCACCAUCUGAGUUGAAUCUCGUAAAAGAUGGUUCAUUUUCAGCUGUAUCUUCACAAAAUGAUGAAUUUGACUCGCCGACAUUUACUGAUCCAGACAUUAUCUUUAGUGACGACUCUUGCUAUAUACAUAGAUUUUUACAAUACACACCGGUAUUUGUAUUUGUUCUGUUUCUUUUGUACCUUUCACGGAGUGUUGUUUCUUUCUGACACGGAAACGCUGCAGCAAAUGAAGCGAUAAGCGCACGAUUCUAUUUCAGUGCCGCUUUAACUUAAUUUUAAUGAGCAACACUAAUUAUAACCUUGACAACAAAACCGCGGCGACUGUUGUGGUCCCUGAAUUUGUUGUUUAACCAGAGCUGUGCGAUCAGAUUAUCUCUGCUGCACCAGUAGAAAUGAGACACGUCGACGAGAAAGUCAUUCGGUAGGUGAACUGAUGACGAUGUUUUACAUUUUAGGCAUUUAUCAUUGUGAAACAGAUGUACCUGCCAUACCUGAUUUGUUAAUUGGAUUUUGUAUUCAGCUUUUUAGACGUUUGUGUGCCUGUCAAUAGAGUGCAGUCACCUGCAAACUCAGCGACAUCCAUGUGUUAGUGACAGAUAUUUAGACGAGUGGCUGCAUGACCUUGCGUAGAUGUGUUUAUCUGGAGUUGUUGAAAGGAUCAUCUUUGAUUAUGUUUGAUUAAGUUUGUGCUCGGAUAAUUUACUACCUAUUUAAAAAGUGACUAGAAUAACUUAAAGACGUGUGGUGUUUUAAAUGUGUUUCACUCAGUUACAAGGGUUAUGUUAUGAUAUUAAAGCACUAACUGGUUCUACUUGCUUGUACUGUACAUGUGUAGUUUUGGACAAAAAACAUGGUUGAGAACAAAGUGUUGAAUUGAAUAAAUGUACUACCACGACUCAA